GGGAUUUUCAAAUAAGAAUCAAAUAAAAUAAGAAUGAAGAAUCAUUAUUUUCAGCUCUUUGAUCAUUAAAAUCUACAGUGGAUGCAUCGUCUUGGCGGAUGAAUGCAGUACUUGAAUUCAAAUCCUAAAAUGAGCAAAUUAUUUAUAUUUAUUCGAUUGUAGUAAAUUUUGCAUCGAAUGCAUUAAGUUUUACAUCAGAUGCAAUAAUUUUAAUGAUUCUCACGUUCUUAAGAAAAUUAUAGUAAUUUUUGCUAUAACCACACUCUAUAUAUAAAUCUAGUUUCUCCUUCAAUCAAUUAAUGUAGGCAAAUACCUCCAUACACAAAGCCUAUUAAUCCAGUCUUGAUCAGUCAUCACCAUUGAUGGAUAUCCACAAAGCUUUCCAUAUGAAGGGAGGAGUCGGCGACAACAGCUACUCCAAGAACUCUUCACUUCAGAAAAGAGUGGCUGAAAGGUUGAAGCAUAUAACCGCGUGGGCCAUCGAAGAAGUAUUCAUGAGCGAGAAGCCCAAGAGCUUAGGCAUGGCGGACCUGGGGUGCUCGUCGGGGCCCAACGCUCUGUCCAACAUAAAACAAGUAGUGGAGGCGGUGGAGAAGGCCAGCCGCCGCAUGAGAGAAGCGCCGCCGGAAUUCCGAGUGUACCUAAACGAUCUUCACAGCAAUGACUUCAACACCAUAUUUCAGGGGCUGCCCGAUCUCUACAGGGACCUCAAGAGAGGAGGCACAAAUCAGCCGCCUCUUUACAUAGCCGCCUGCCCAGGCACAUUCUACGGCAGGCUCUUCCCUGACCAUUCCCUGCAUUUCGUCUAUUCCUCCAACAGCCUGCACUGGCUCUCUACGGUCCCAGCGGGCAUCUACGAGAAAGAGGGACGGUCGAUGAACAGAAAGAGCAUUUACAUAUCGGAGAGAAGCCCUCCGGUGGUGAGGAAGGCAUACUUAGAGCAGUUCCAACACGACUUCUCGUUGUUCCUCAAGUCUCGCUCACAGGAGCUCAUCCGCGGUGGCCGAAUGCUGCUCAUUCUCUUGGGAAGGACCCUCUCCGACCACGCCCACUGCGCCAAUUCUUUCCUUUGGGAGCUCCUCUACCAGUCUUUAGCACAUCUCGUUGCUCAAGGUGAGAUUGAGGAGGAGAAGCUGGAGAGCUACGACGUCCAUUUCUAUGCGCCGUCCAAGGCAGAGUUGGAAGAUGAGGUGAGGAAGGAGGGUUCGUUCAAGACGGAGAUGGUUGAGAUGGUUGAGAUGAGGGACGAGGACGUGAGCGGGAGCGCGGUGGCCAAGGCGGUCAGGUCCAUUCAAGAAUCCAUGUUGGCUCACCACUUCGGGUUUGGGGAGCCCAUCUUCGACAAGCUCUUCCACCACUACGCCCUAUUGAUCGAUCGAGAAUUCGCCCAACGCCAUGUUAAAUCCACUACCGCUCUCCUCCUCCUCACCAAGUUAUGACCCAAUAUAAUCUUUAAUUUCUAGUCCUAUAAAGCUAUGCAAGCUUCUUGUUUCAUCGCUUAUUUCGCUUGUUUCUUAUUAGUUUUAGAAGAAACUGAACGGUUUUUAUCUUCUCAACUUGAAAGUUGGUGUUAUAUACGUAUAUCGGUAAGUUUUAA